GUUCAAACAACAAAUGGUCUAUGGAGAAUUUCAAUACAAUGUUUAAAAUGUAAAACAAACAAAAGUAAAUUUAUUAUAGCUUCUUUAGGAAAAAAAACAAUCUCAAAAAUAAAAUUUGAAAAAAUAACAGAACAAGAUGAACUAAAUAUUACAAAAGAACUUCAUAAACCAGUAAAAUCUAAAUUUCCAAAAAGGAAAAUAAAAACAUAUGGUAUUAAUGAUUUGUGGGUUGCAGAUUUAGUUAUAAUGAGAAAUUAUGGUGAUGAAAAUUCAGGUUAUUUAUGUAUUUUGAAUGUUAUAAAUACUUUUUCAAAAUUUGCUUGGUCUGAAUUUCUUAAGAAAAAAGAUGGAAAAAAUGUUACUAAAGGUUUUGAAGAAAUAAUAAAAAGAGCUAAACUACAGAAACAUAAUUCACCAACAUUACUUCACAUUGAUAAAGGAACAGAGUUUGUAAUUAAACAGUUUAAAGAAAUGUUAACAAAACACAAUAAAAAAUUAUAUCAUACACAAAACGAAGAGAAAUCUGAAGUUAUUGAACGUUUCAACAGAAUUUUAAAUGGUAAAAUGAAAAUACAGUUUGAAGUUCAGAAAAAUAAAAGAUGGAUUGAUAUUUUACAAGAUUUAUUGAACGAAUAA